AACCACACCGCUGCAGACUUCCUCCACGGCUAAUCUAAGGGCGAAGAAAUGGCCAACGGACUCUCCGAUCAUCGUAUCUUCCGCUUUCCGAAGCCGCAAUGGUUGAACAGCGCCUACACCCGAACGGCCGGGGUGCAUGCCGCAGGAGCACUGUUCUCCCUCGCCCUCUUCACCUUCAUCGACGCCGCCACCUUCUCCAAAUCGCACCUCAACGGAUCGCACUUCCACGUCAACUUUGUCGACUGGAUCCCCGGCAUCUUCUCCACCUUUGGCAUGCUCAUCAUCAAUAGCAUUGACAAGACUCGGCUGAGCGGGGACAACUUCAGCUACAGCGGCGAUGGGGUGGCGUGGAAGGCGCGGGUGAUAUUGUUCAUGGGCUUUGCAGGCAUGGCGGGUGGCCUGGCGGGCAGCGUGACCGUGUGCGUGCUCAAGUACGUCGUCACCGAUGCUCUGUGGCCGGAACUGUGGUUCGGAGUGGCGAAUAUCGUUGCGAAUGCUCUCAUCAUGCUGAGCUGCGUCGUUCUCUGGGUGAGCCAGAACAUGGAAGACGACUACACCUAUAAUCUGGCCCUGUAACAUUGAGUAAUGUCGAGCAUACCCUUUACACGCAUUCCACGGAUAUGAUCUUCACCAAAGUCCUUCGCCUGUUGCCACCACUUGGCAAUGCUUUGGCACGAGGGCCACUCAAGCACUGCGCCAGCAAAUGCUCACGAGUAACGGGACGCGACUCUCAAUUCGUCACGCUCCAUCAAUGCGCUUGCCGCGUCAGCCGGCAUAUGCUUGGAAUGGACUUUGGUGGAUCAUGCAAGACUGUCGCAUCACACAACGAGUCUGUCGUCUUUGAAGAAGUAGCAUGUAGUAUCCAAUACACUGCCCAACACCCCCCAAUUCACCCCCGAAACGUCAAAUGUCGCGCAUCC